AUGCGUGCCGGCGGCCGAGGCGCGAGCGCCGGCGUGGCGCGGCGGCGGCCGGGGCCCGGCCAGUGGGCAGGCGACAGGCCGGCAUGCGGGCGUCGGGACGGCGCGGCCGCCGGUGAGCUGGGCGCCGCUGGGCUGGCGAUGCGCGCCGCGCCCUGGCGCGCCUCCGUCGCCGCCGCUUCCUACCUGCUCGCCGUCACUCUCCGGCGGCACCGAUGCCUGAACCGGCCGGUGACGGACGACGGGCCGCCGCUGGCGCUGGAGCCGGGCGCCGAGCUGCCUCGCGCCUCGCACCUGCACGCCGACUUCCCGGCCCACCCGCCGGGCGCCGCGCAGCGCCCGCGCCCCGUGCGCCUCCACACGCAGCUCGAGCUGCCCGACGGCUCCAUCACCGCCGUCUCCUCCUACCGCCACGACUACGACGAGAAGCACGCCGAGAGGCAGCAGAGGUACACAUACGAGGACCACCUGCAUCUCGAUGGGCAGUUCGAAGGUCAAAGUCACCUUCACGAAGAGUUCCGCGCAGUGCGUGGUGAACGUGCUCCAGUUGUGAAGCAUGGUGACCAUCUUCGUCUGGAGGGAGAGUUUCAAGGUCAGAGCCAUCUCAGAGAAGAGUUCAAACCCGUUCGUGGUGAGCGUGCUCCAGUGGUGAAACAUGGUGACCAUCUGCGUCUGGAGGGGGAGUUCCAAGGACAAAGUCAUCUGCACGAAGAGUUCAAAGAAGUCCGUGGAGAACGCGCUGAAGUUGUGCGUCACUCUGACAACCUGAGGCUCGAAGGCGAAUUCCAGGGACAUAGCCACCUAAGGGAGGAGUUUCGUGAGGUUCGGGGCGAACGUGCUCCGGUAGUCAAGCACGGAGAUCACCUUCGCCUCGAGGGAGACUUCCAGGGACAAAGCCAUAUCCACGAAGAGUUCAAGCAAGUUCGCGGGGAGCGAGCGGAGGUGGUGCGUAGAACUGACAACCUAAGACUCGAAGGCGACUUCCAGGGACAGAGCCACAUAAGGGAAGACUUCCGCGAGGUGAGAGGCGAAAGAGCAGAUGUCGUCCGCCACACUGACAACCUGAGGCUAGAAGGAGAAUUCCAAGGCCAGAGCCAUCUACGUGAGGAGUACACAGUUACAAAAGGAGAAAGGGCUCUUGUCAGAAAGCCUGAGGACAACCUGCGUCCUGAAGGCGAAUAUAGUCCAGAGAAGAGAGACGACUAUGGGGCAACUAGAGGAGAAAGGGCCCCAGUAAAGAAACCACAAGACAAUCUGAGACCUGAGGGAGACUUUGCCAAACGUGAGCCUGUACAAGUUGGACCUGGAGAUAGAGCUCCAAUAAAGAAACCACAGGACAAUCUGAGACCUGAGGGCGACUUUGCCAAACGUGAACCUGUUCAAGUUGGACCUGGCGACAGAGCUCCAAUAAAGAAACCACAAGACAACCUGAAACCAGAGGGAGAGUUUGCCAAGCGCGAACCUGUACAAGUUGGACCUGGAGACCGAGCUCCAAUAAAGAAGCCACAAGAUAAUCUGAAACCAGAGGGAGAGUUUGCCAAACGUGAACCUGUACAAGUUGGACCUGGAGACAGGGCACCAAUUAAGAAACCACAGGACAAUCUGAAACCAGAGGGAGAGUUUGCCAAACGCGAACCAGCACAAGUUGGGCCUGGAGACCGAGCUCCAAUAAAGAAGCCACAAGAUAAUCUGAGACCUGAGGGAGACUUUGCCAAACGUGAACAUGUUCAAGUUGGACCUGGCGACAGAGCUCCAAUAAAGAAACCACAAGACAACCUGAAACCAGAGGGAGAGUUUGCCAAACGCGAACCUAUACAAGUUGGACCUGGAGACCGAGCUCCAAUAAAGAAGCCACAAGAUAAUCUGAAACCAGAGGGAGAGUUUGCCAAACGUGAACCUGUACAAGUUGGACCUGGAGACAGGGCACCAAUUAAGAAACCACAGGACAAUCUGAAACCAGAAGGAGAAUUUGCCAAACGUGAACCUGUACAAGUUGGACCAGGAGAAAGGGCUCCAGUCAAGAAACCUCAAGACAAUCUAAGACCAGAGGGUGAAUUUGCGAAACGAGAGCCCUCUGACGUAAGGCCAGGAGAACGUGCUGACGUAGUUAAGCACCCAGAUAACCUAAAACUUGAAGGUGAUUUCGACAGGCCUGAUGGAGUGCUGUACAGGCCAGGAGACAGAGCUCCCAUCGUUAAACAUCCGGAUAACUUGCGACUGGAAGGAGACUUCGACCGUCCAGAAAAAGCGAAAUUCGGUCCUGGAGAAAGGGCUGACGUAAAACGGCCUCAAGACAAUUUAAGACCUGAGGGUGAAUUCACGGGUAGGAAAAGAGACGAUUAUACUCCGACUAAAGGAGAUAGGAUGCCAGUCAAAAAGCCAGAAGAUAACCUAAAGCCAGAGGGUGACUUCACUGGUACAAAACGAGACGAUUACACACCAACUAAGGGAGAAAGGAUGCCUGUCAAAAAGCCAGAAGACAAUCUAAAGUCAGAGGGUGAAUUUCUAGGAAGAAAGAGGGACGAAUUCAGUCCAACUAAAGGAGAGAGAGCACCUGUGAAAAAACCACAAGACAACCUGAAACCAGAAGGCGAUUUUACUGGAAAGAAACGUGACGACUUCACAGCGACAAAAGGCGAAAGGGCGCCUACUAAGAAACCGGAGGAUAACUUAAAACCUGAAGGUGAUUUUGUGGGUGAGAGAAGAAAUGAAUACACAGUGGUUAAAGGUGACCGAGCUGUGGUGCGUAAGCCGUCGGAUAAUUUGAAACCUGAAGGUGAAUUCACAGUGGAAAGACGGAACGAGUACACCGCUGUGAGGGGCGAACGAGCUGAAGUGCGCCGACAUGAGGACCACUUGAAGAUGGAGGGGGAGUUUAUCGGCCAGACCACUUUACACGAAGAGUUCCAGGUCGUUCGUGGAGAAAGAGCCGAAGUAAAGCGUCAUGAAGACCAUCUCAGAACGGAAGGUGAUUUUACAUCCGAGACCACGGCCCGCAGCGAAUUCACUGGAGAACGUACGGAGCGACCGAGGCUCAUCCGGCGCAACACGUGGACGAAACUGGAGGGCGAGAUGAUCACCGAGACGACGGCUCGCGCCGAGUACCAGCAGCACGACGUGGUCGAGAGGACGACGGCCGUGCGCAGGCGCAGUGACAACCUCACCGUUGGAGGAGGACAAUUUGAGGGGACCUCCCAACAAAAAGAAGACUUCAAACCGCUAACGUUUGAAAGGCCCGUUAUAAAAAGACAUCAGGACAAUCUGUUAGUCGAAGGAGAUAUGUCAUUCGAAUCAUCUACUCAGGUAGACUUUACCGAGAAGGUGGGUCGUAGAGAGAGCCCAACACGCAGAAGGACAUGGACAAAACAGGAUGGGGAACAAUUCUUCGAAACAACAAGUGGGUCUGAAUUUAAAAAACAAAUGAUCACCGAAGCUAGACAAGUACAAAAACAUCACAAAGACAAUUUGAUACUAGAAGGAACGUUCAGCGGCACCCCUGUGAGUAGAGACGACUACAAAGUUACACGAGGAGAGCGAGCUGACGUAAAGAGACCAGAAGACAAUCUUCGGCCAGAAGGAACUUUUGACGGUACUCCAAGAUCACGAGACGAUUACAAACCAGGAAAAGGUGAGAGGGCGAAGGUAAAGAAACCAAAAGACAACUUAAAAACAGAGGGAACAUUUGAAGGCACCCCACGGUCAAAGGACGAUUAUAAGCCAACAACUGGUGAAAGAGAAGAGGUACGAAAACCUAAGGACAACCUAAAACCUGAGGGAAAAUUUGAAGGAACUCCAAGGUCCAGAGACGACUACCACCCAACCAAAGGCGACAGAGCUGAAGUGAAAAAACCAAAGGAUAACCUCAAACCAGAGGGAGAAUUCGACAUGACACCCAGAUCAAAGGAGGAAUUCAAACCUGUGAGAGGAGAGAGAGCCGAUGUUAAAAGACCCAAGGACAAUCUUAGGCCUGAGGGCGACUUUGAACGGCCUGAACCAGAACGCUAUGGGCCUGGGGAACGUCCCUCACCUGUCAGGCAUCCCGACAACCUCAAGCUUGAGGGCGACUUUGAGCGCCCAGUGCCACAGAAGGUAGGUCCUGGCGAGAGAGCCGAAGUGAAGAGGCCAAAGGACAAUCUGCGACCAGAAGGGGAGUUUGAACGGCCAGAGCAUAAGAGGUAUGGCCCUGGCGAGAGGCCAGAAAUCGUGAGACAUCCUGAUAAUUUGAAACUGGAAGGCGAGUUUGAUCGUCCUGAACCAAAGAAAGUUGGUCCUGGGGAGAGGGCUGAAGUUAAGAAGCCUAAGGAUAAUCUUAAACCUGAGGGAGAGUUUGAACGCCCUGAACGGGAAAGGUAUGGGCCUGGAGAGAGACCAACACCUGUCAGGCAUCCUGACAACCUCAAGCUUGAGGGAGACUUUGAGCGCCCAGUGCCACAGAAGGUGGGACCUGGUGAGAGGGCCGAAGUCAAGAAACCAAAGGACAAUCUCCGACCAGAAGGCGAGUUUGACACGUCUCCACGGUCAAGGGACGACUUCAAGCCAACAAGAGGUGAAAGGGCCGAUGUCAAAAAGCCCAAGGACAAUUUACGGCCUGAGGGCGACUUUGAGAGACCAGAGCCAGUGAGGUAUGGUCCAGGAGAACGAGCUACACCAGUGAAACACCCUGACAAUCUGAGGCUGGAGGGCGAUUUCGAAAGGCCUGAGCCACAGAGGGUUGGGCCAGGAGAACGAGCAGAUGUGAAGAAGCCCAAAGACAACUUGCGGCCUGAGGGUGAUUUUGAUGCCUCACCUCGUUCCAGAGAUGACUUCAAGCCCACAAGAGGAGAGCGUGCUGAUGUGAAGAGGCCAACUGACAAUCUCAGGCCUGAGGGAGACUUUGAAGGAACUCCGAGAUCCAGAGACGAGUUCAAGCCAACAAGAGGCGAGAGAGCUGAUGUGAAGAAACCUAAAGACAAUCUGCGCCCUGAGGGAGAAUUCGAGAAGCGCCAGCCAGCGCCAUAUGGUCCAGGGGAGAGAGCUGAACCGGUCAGGCACCCAGACAACUUGAAGCUCGAGGGAGACUUCGAACGACCAACUCCACAGAAGGUAGGACCUGGUGAGCGAGCUCCAGUCAAGAAGCCUGAAGACAACCUGCGACCUGAGGGUGAGUUCGAAGGCACACCACGCUCAAGGGACGACUUCAGGCCAACGAGAGGAGAUCGUGCAGAUGUGCGAAAGCCAACAGACAACCUGAGACCCGAAGGCGAGUUUGAAGGUACUCCACGAUCUAGGGACGACUUCAAGCCAACCAGGGGAGAAAGGGCAGAUGUCAAGAAGCCAAAGGAUAACCUACGUCCUGAGGGAGACUUUGAAAGGCCAGAGCCUGUGAGGUAUGGACCUGGAGAGAGAACGGAACCUGUCAGGCAUCCUGACAAUUUGAAGCUUGAAGGCGACUUUGAACGGCCAACACCACAGAAGGUUGGUCCUGGAGAGAGGGCAGAGGUCAGAAAGCCCAAGGACAAUCUGAAGAUGGAGGGAGAUUUCGAGGUACCAGAGAAACCACGAUAUGGGCCAGGUGAGCGAGCUCCCGUUGUCAAGCACAAUGACAAUCUGAGGCCAGAAGGAGAGUUUGGAGGACCAAGGUCGCGUGAUGACUACACACCAACAAGGGGUGAGAGAGCACCAGUGGUGAGGCACGCCGAUAACUUGAAGGUAGAAGGUGAUUUUGUCGACUCUCGCACUAGAGACGACUAUCAAGUGGUGAGAGGAGAGCGGCAUGACAUCGUUAAGAGAACAGACAAUCUGAGGGUUGAAGGCACGAUGGAAACACGCCGAUCCAGAGACGACUAUCAAGCAGUCAACAUUGAGCGAGUUGAGAUCAAGCGCUAUGAGGACAAUCUUCGGAUGGAAGGAGAGUUCAUUGACACCAGGAGGGAUGACUAUGUGGUGGUAAGAGGAGAACGUGCAGAAGUACGAAGACCGCAAGACAAUCUCCGACCUGAAGGAGACUUUGAGGGCACACCUAGAAACAGAGAUGACUACAAGCCAACGAGAGGAGAGCGCGCAGAUGUGAAACGACCGACAGACAACCUACGUCCAGAAGGCGAGUUUGAAGGCACUCCACGAUCCAGGGAGGAGUUCAAACCCAUGAGGGGAGAGAGAGCCGAUGUUAAAAGACCCAAGGACAAUCUUAGGCCUGAGGGCGACUUUGAACGGCCUGAACCAGAACGCUAUGGGCCUGGGGAACGUCCCUCACCUGUCAGGCAUCCCGACAACCUCAAGCUUGAGGGCGACUUUGAGCGCCCAGUGCCACAGAAGGUAGGUCCUGGCGAGAGAGCCGAAGUGAAGAGGCCAAAGGACAAUCUGCGACCAGAAGGGGAGUUUGAACGGCCAGAGCAUAAGAGGUAUGGCCCUGGUGAGAGGCCAGAAAUCGUGAGACAUCCUGAUAAUUUGAAACUGGAAGGCGAGUUUGAUCGUCCUGAACCAAAGAAAGUUGGUCCUGGGGAGAGGGCUGAAGUUAAGAAGCCUAAGGAUAAUCUUAAACCUGAGGGAGAGUUUGAACGCCCUGAACGGGAAAGGUAUGGGCCUGGAGAGAGACCAACACCUGUCAGGCAUCCUGACAACCUCAAGCUUGAGGGAGACUUUGAGCGCCCAGUGCCACAGAAGGUGGGACCUGGUGAGAGGGCCGAAGUCAAGAAACCAAAGGACAAUCUCCGACCAGAAGGCGAGUUUGACACGUCUCCACGGUCAAGGGACGACUUCAAGCCAACAAGAGGUGAAAGGGCCGAUGUCAAAAAGCCCAAGGACAAUUUACGGCCUGAGGGCGACUUUGAGAGACCAGAGCCAGUGAGGUAUGGUCCAGGAGAACGAGCUACACCAGUGAAACACCCUGACAAUCUGAGGCUGGAGGGCGAUUUCGAAAGGCCUGAGCCACAGAGGGUUGGGCCAGGAGAACGAGCAGAUGUGAAGAAGCCCAAAGACAACUUGCGGCCUGAGGGUGAUUUUGACGCCUCACCUCGUUCCAGAGAUGACUUCAAGCCCACAAGAGGAGAGCGUGCUGAUGUGAAGAGGCCAACCGACAAUCUCAGGCCUGAGGGAGACUUUGAAGGAACUCCGAGAUCCAGAGACGAGUUCAAGCCAACAAGAGGCGAGAGAGCUGAUGUGAAGAAACCUAAAGACAAUCUGCGCCCUGAGGGAGAAUUCGAGAAGCGCCAGCCAGCGCCAUAUGGUCCAGGGGAGAGAGCUGAACCGGUCAGGCACCCAGACAACUUGAAGCUCGAGGGAGACUUCGAACGACCAACUCCACAGAAGGUAGGACCUGGUGAGCGAGCUCCAGUCAAGAAGCCUGAAGACAACCUGCGACCUGAGGGUGAGUUCGAAGGCACACCACGCUCAAGGGACGACUUCAGGCCAACGAGAGGAGAUCGUGCAGAUGUGCGAAAGCCAACAGACAACCUGAGACCCGAAGGCGAGUUUGAAGGUACUCCACGAUCUAGGGACGACUUCAAGCCAACCAGGGGAGAAAGGGCAGAUGUCAAGAAGCCAAAGGAUAACCUACGUCCUGAGGGAGACUUUGAAAGGCCAGAGCCUGUGAGGUAUGGACCUGGAGAGAGAACGGAACCUGUCAGGCAUCCUGACAAUUUGAAGCUUGAAGGCGACUUUGAACGGCCAACACCACAGAAGGUUGGUCCUGGAGAGAGGGCAGAGGUCAGAAAGCCCAAGGACAAUCUGAAGAUGGAGGGAGAUUUCGAGGUACCAGAGAAACCACGAUAUGGGCCAGGUGAGCGAGCUCCCGUUGUCAAGCACAAUGACAAUCUGAGGCCAGAAGGAGAGUUUGGAGGACCAAGGUCGCGUGAUGACUACACACCAACAAGGGGUGAGAGAGCACCAGUGGUGAGGCACGCCGAUAACUUGAAGGUAGAAGGUGAUUUUGUCGACUCUCGCACCAGAGACGACUAUCAAGUGGUGAGAGGAGAGCGGCAUGACAUCGUUAAGAGAACAGACAAUCUGAGGGUUGAAGGCACGAUGGAAACACGCCGAUCCAGAGACGACUAUCAAGCAGUCAACAUUGAGCGAGUUGAGAUCAAGCGCUAUGAGGACAAUCUUCGGAUGGAAGGAGAGUUCAUUGACACCAGGAGGGAUGACUAUGUGGUGGUAAGAGGAGAACGUGCAGAAGUACGAAGACCGCAAGACAAUCUCCGACCUGAAGGAGACUUUGAGGGCACACCUAGAAACAGAGAUGACUACAAGCCAACGAGAGGAGAGCGCGCAGAUGUGAAACGACCGACAGACAACCUACGUCCAGAAGGCGAGUUUGAAGGCACUCCACGAUCCAGGGAGGAGUUCAAACCCAUGAGGGGAGAGAGAGCCGAUGUUAAAAGACCCAAGGACAAUCUUAGGCCUGAGGGCGACUUUGAACGGCCUGAACCAGAACGCUAUGGGCCUGGGGAACGUCCCUCACCUGUCAGGCAUCCCGACAACCUCAAGCUUGAGGGCGACUUUGAGCGCCCAGUGCCACAGAAGGUAGGUCCUGGCGAGAGAGCCGAAGUGAAGAGGCCAAAGGACAAUCUGCGACCAGAAGGGGAGUUUGAACGGCCAGAGCAUAAGAGGUAUGGCCCUGGUGAGAGGCCAGAAAUCGUGAGACAUCCUGAUAAUUUGAAACUGGAAGGCGAGUUUGAUCGUCCUGAACCAAAGAAAGUUGGUCCUGGGGAGAGGGCUGAAGUUAAGAAGCCUAAGGAUAAUCUUAAACCUGAGGGAGAGUUUGAACGCCCUGAACGGGAAAGGUAUGGGCCUGGAGAGAGACCAACACCUGUCAGGCAUCCUGACAACCUCAAGCUUGAGGGAGACUUUGAGCGCCCAGUGCCACAGAAGGUGGGACCUGGUGAGAGGGCCGAAGUCAAGAAACCAAAGGACAAUCUCCGACCAGAAGGCGAGUUUGACACGUCUCCACGGUCAAGGGACGACUUCAAGCCAACAAGAGGUGAAAGGGCCGAUGUCAAAAAGCCCAAGGACAAUUUACGGCCUGAGGGCGACUUUGAGAGACCAGAGCCAGUGAGGUAUGGUCCAGGAGAACGAGCUACACCAGUGAAACACCCUGACAAUCUGAGGCUGGAGGGCGAUUUCGAAAGGCCUGAGCCACAGAGGGUUGGGCCAGGAGAACGAGCAGAUGUGAAGAAGCCCAAAGACAACUUGCGGCCUGAGGGUGAUUUUGACGCCUCACCUCGUUCCAGAGAUGACUUCAAGCCCACAAGAGGAGAGCGUGCUGAUGUGAAGAGGCCAACCGACAAUCUCAGGCCUGAGGGAGACUUUGAAGGAACUCCGAGAUCCAGAGACGAGUUCAAGCCAACAAGAGGCGAGAGAGCUGAUGUGAAGAAACCUAAAGACAAUCUGCGCCCUGAGGGAGAAUUCGAGAAGCGCCAGCCAGCGCCAUAUGGUCCAGGGGAGAGAGCUGAACCGGUCAGGCACCCAGACAACUUGAAGCUCGAGGGAGACUUCGAACGACCAACUCCACAGAAGGUAGGACCUGGUGAGCGAGCUCCAGUCAAGAAGCCUGAAGACAACCUGCGACCUGAGGGUGAGUUCGAAGGCACACCACGCUCAAGGGACGACUUCAGGCCAACGAGAGGAGAUCGUGCAGAUGUGCGAAAGCCAACAGACAACCUGAGACCCGAAGGCGAGUUUGAAGGUACUCCACGAUCUAGGGACGACUUCAAGCCAACCAGGGGAGAAAGGGCAGAUGUCAAGAAGCCAAAGGAUAACCUACGUCCUGAGGGAGACUUUGAAAGGCCAGAGCCUGUGAGGUAUGGACCUGGAGAGAGAACGGAACCUGUCAGGCAUCCUGACAAUUUGAAGCUUGAAGGCGACUUUGAACGGCCAACACCACAGAAGGUUGGUCCUGGAGAGAGGGCAGAGGUCAGAAAGCCCAAGGACAAUCUGAAGAUGGAGGGAGAUUUCGAGGUACCAGAGAAACCACGAUAUGGGCCAGGUGAGCGAGCUCCCGUUGUCAAGCACAAUGACAAUCUGAGGCCAGAAGGAGAGUUUGGAGGACCAAGGUCGCGUGAUGACUACACACCAACAAGGGGUGAGAGAGCACCAGUGGUGAGGCACGCCGAUAACUUGAAGGUAGAAGGUGAUUUUGUCGACUCUCGCACCAGAGACGACUAUCAAGUGGUGAGAGGAGAGCGGCAUGACAUCGUUAAGAGAACAGACAAUCUGAGGGUUGAAGGCACGAUGGAAACACGCCGAUCCAGAGACGACUAUCAAGCAGUCAACAUUGAGCGAGUUGAGAUCAAGCGCUAUGAGGACAAUCUUCGGAUGGAAGGAGAGUUCAUUGACACCAGGAGGGAUGACUAUGUGGUGGUAAGAGGAGAACGUGCAGAAGUACGAAGACCGCAAGACAAUCUCCGACCUGAAGGAGACUUUGAGGGCACACCUAGAAACAGAGAUGACUACAAGCCAACGAGAGGAGAGCGCGCAGAUGUGAAACGACCGACAGACAACCUACGUCCAGAAGGCGAGUUUGAAGGCACUCCACGAUCCAGGGAGGAGUUCAAACCCAUGAGGGGAGAGAGAGCCGAUGUUAAAAGACCCAAGGACAAUCUUAGGCCUGAGGGCGACUUUGAACGGCCUGAACCAGAACGCUAUGGGCCUGGGGAACGUCCCUCACCUGUCAGGCAUCCCGACAACCUCAAGCUUGAGGGCGACUUUGAGCGCCCAGUGCCACAGAAGGUAGGUCCUGGCGAGAGAGCCGAAGUGAAGAGGCCAAAGGACAAUCUGCGACCAGAAGGGGAGUUUGAACGGCCAGAGCAUAAGAGGUAUGGCCCUGGUGAGAGGCCAGAAAUCGUGAGACAUCCUGAUAAUUUGAAACUGGAAGGCGAGUUUGAUCGUCCUGAACCAAAGAAAGUUGGUCCUGGGGAGAGGGCUGAAGUUAAGAAGCCUAAGGAUAAUCUUAAACCUGAGGGAGAGUUUGAACGCCCUGAACGGGAAAGGUAUGGGCCUGGAGAGAGACCAACACCUGUCAGGCAUCCUGACAACCUCAAGCUUGAGGGAGACUUUGAGCGCCCAGUGCCACAGAAGGUGGGACCUGGUGAGAGGGCUGAAGUCAAGAAACCAAAGGACAAUCUCCGACCAGAAGGCGAGUUUGACACGUCUCCACGGUCAAGGGACGACUUCAAGCCAACAAGAGGUGAAAGGGCCGAUGUCAAAAAGCCCAAGGACAAUUUACGGCCUGAGGGCGACUUUGAGAGACCAGAGCCAGUGAGGUAUGGUCCAGGAGAACGAGCUACACCAGUGAAACACCCUGACAAUCUGAGGCUGGAGGGCGAUUUCGAAAGGCCUGAGCCACAGAGGGUUGGGCCAGGAGAACGAGCAGAUGUGAAGAAGCCCAAAGACAACUUGCGGCCUGAGGGUGAUUUUGACGCCUCACCUCGUUCCAGAGAUGACUUCAAGCCCACAAGAGGAGAGCGUGCUGAUGUGAAGAGGCCAACCGACAAUCUCAGGCCUGAGGGAGACUUUGAAGGAACUCCGAGAUCCAGAGACGAGUUCAAGCCAACAAGAGGUGAGAGAGCUGAUGUGAAGAAACCUAAAGACAAUCUGCGCCCUGAGGGAGAAUUUGAGAAGCGCCAGCCAGCGCCAUAUGGUCCAGGGGAGAGAGCUGAACCGGUCAGGCACCCAGACAACUUGAAGCUCGAGGGAGACUUCGAACGACCAACUCCACAGAAGGUAGGACCUGGUGAGCGAGCUCCAGUCAAGAAGCCUGAAGACAACCUGCGACCUGAGGGUGAGUUCGAAGGCACACCACGCUCAAGGGACGACUUCAGGCCAACGAGAGGAGAUCGUGCAGAUGUGCGAAAGCCAACAGACAACCUGAGACCCGAAGGCGAGUUUGAAGGUACUCCACGAUCUAGGGACGACUUCAAGCCAACCAGGGGAGAAAGGGCAGAUGUCAAGAAGCCAAAGGAUAACCUACGUCCUGAGGGAGACUUUGAAAGGCCAGAGCCUGUGAGGUAUGGACCUGGAGAGAGAACGGAACCUGUCAGGCAUCCUGACAAUUUGAAGCUUGAAGGCGACUUUGAACGGCCAACACCACAGAAGGUUGGUCCUGGAGAGAGGGCAGAGGUCAGAAAGCCCAAGGACAAUCUGAAGAUGGAGGGAGAUUUCGAGGUACCAGAGAAACCACGAUAUGGGCCAGGUGAGCGAGCUCCCGUUGUCAAGCACAAUGACAAUCUGAGGCCAGAAGGAGAGUUUGGAGGACCAAGGUCGCGUGAUGACUACACACCAACAAGGGGUGAGAGAGCACCAGUGGUGAGGCACGCCGAUAACUUGAAGGUAGAAGGUGAUUUUGUCGACUCUCGCACCAGAGACGACUAUCAAGUGGUGAGAGGAGAGCGUCAUGACAUCGUUAAGAGAACAGACAAUCUGAGGGUUGAAGGCACGAUGGAAACACGCCGAUCCAGAGAUGACUAUCAAGCAGUCAACAUUGAGCGAGUUGAGAUCAAGCGCUAUGAGGAUAAUCUUCGGAUGGAAGGAGAGUUCAUUGACACCAGGAGGGAUGACUAUGUGGUGGUAAGAGGAGAACGUGCAGAAGUACGAAGACCACAAGACAAUCUCCGACCUGAGGGUGAAUUUGAGGGCACACCUAAAAAUAGAGUUGAUUACAAACCAACAAGGGGAGAGCGUGCUGAUGUAAAACGGCCUACAGAUAACCUAAGACCAGAAGGUGAGUUUGAAGGCUCUCCACGGUCGAAGGAGGAGUUCAAACCCGUGAGAGGAGAAAGAGCCGAUGUUAAAAGACCCAAGGACAAUCUUAGGCCCGAGGGCGACUUUGAACGGCCUGAACCAGAACGCUAUGGGCCUGGGGUACGUCCCUCACCUGUCAGGCAUCCCGACAACCUCAAGCUUGAGGGCGACUUUGAGCGCCCAGUGCCACAGAAGGUAGGUCCUGGCGAGAGAGCCGAAGUGAAGAGGCCAAAGGACAAUCUGCGACCAGAAGGGGAGUUUGAGCGGCCAGAGCAUAAAAAGUAUGGCCCUGGCGAGAGGCCAGAAAUCGUUAGACAUCCUGAUAAUUUGAAACUGGAAGGCGAGUUUGAUCGUCCUGAACCGAAGAAAGUAGGUCCAGGAGAGAGGGCUGAAGUUAAGAAGCCUAAGGAUAAUCUUAAACCUGAAGGAGAGUUUGAACGUCCUGAACGGGAAAGAUAUGGGCCUGGAGAGAGACCCUCACCUGUUAGGCAUCCUGACAACCUCAAACUCGAAGGCGACUUUGAGAGAAGAGUGCCACAGAAGGUGGGACCUGGUGAGAGGGCCGAAGUCAAGAAGCCAAGGGAUAAUUUGCGGCCUGAAGGUGAAUUUGAGCGACCUGAGAAGAAGGGAUAUGGUCCUGGUGAGAGGCCAGAAAUCGUGAGGCAUCCUGAUAAUUUGAAACUGGAAGGCGAGUUUGAUCGUCCUGAACCAAAGAAAGUUGGUCCUGGUGAGAGAGCUGAAGUUAAGAAACCGAAGGAUAAUCUUAAACCUGAAGGAGAGUUUGAACGUCCUGAACGGGAAAGAUAUGGGCCUGGAGAGAGACCCUCACCUGUUAGGCAUCCUGACAACCUCAAACUCGAAGGCGACUUUGAGAGAAGAGUGCCACAGAAGGUGGGACCUGGUGAGAGGGCCGAAGUCAAGAAGCCAAGGGAUAAUUUGCGGCCUGAAGGUGAAUUUGAGCGACCUGAGAAGAAGGGAUAUGGUCCUGGUGAGAGGCCAGAAAUCGUGAGGCAUCCUGAUAAUUUGAAACUGGAAGGCGAGUUUGAUCGUCCUGAACCAAAGAAAGUUGGUCCUGGUGAGAGAGCUGAAGUUAAGAAACCGAAGGAUAAUCUGAAACCUGAAGGUGAGUUUGAGCGUCCUGAGCAAGUAAGGUAUGGGCCUGGAGAGAGACCCUCUCCUGUCAGACAUCCUGAUAAUCUCAAACUCGAGGGUGACUUUGAACGACGUGUGCCACAAAAGGUGGGACCUGGUGAUCGGGCUGAGGUGAAGAAGCCAAAGGACAAUCUCCGACCAGAAGGCGAGUUUGAGCGGCCAGAGCAAAAGAAAUAUGGUCCUGUCGAAAGACCUAAAAUUGUGAAACAUCCUGAUAAUUUGAAACUUGAAGGAGACUUUGAUCGCCCAGAGCGACAGAAAUUUGGCCCUGGACAGAGAGCUGAUGUGAAGAAGCCAAAGGAUAACCUGAAACCAGAAGGUCCCUUUGAGGGUUCACCUAGAUCCAAAGAUGAAUUCAAACCAACCAAAGGUGAAAGAUAUGACGUUAAGAAACCUGUGGAUAAUCUGAAGCCUGAAGGGGAGUUUGAAAGCCGAAGGAAAUCUAAGGACGAGUAUACCAUUGUACGUGGCGAAAGGGCCGAUAUUGUGAAACAUACUGACAAUCUCCGAAUGGAGGGGUCGUUCGAAGAACGAAGGAGCAGAGACGAUUAUGCUGUUGUGAAAGGGGAGAGGACGGAAAUUAAAAAGCAUACUGACAAUCUCAAAGUUGAAGGGAAGUUUGAGAGUAAACGUACACGUGAUGACUACAAUGUUGUUAAAGGUGAGAGGGCUGAAGUUGUAGUUCAUCGAGACAAUCUCAAGGUCGAAGGAACUUUUGAAGCUUCCCCCACAACGCGUGAUGCUUUUAAGCCUACUACAGGAGACCGCGCAGAAGUUAAGAAGCAUACUGACAAUCUCAAAGUUGAAGGGCGCAUUGACAUCCACCGAUCGCGAGACGAUUACACUGUAGUAAAGGGAGAGCGUGCUGAUAUUAAGAGGUAUGAGGAUAACCUCCGUAUAGAGGGAGACUUUACUGAUAAACGCUCAAGCGAUGAUUUCAAACCAGUUAAAGGAGACAGGGCAGAAGUUAAAAAAUACCAAGAUAACCUUAAGUUGGAAGGUUCUUUUGAAGGAAGUCCAAGAUCGAAAGACGAUUUCAAACCAGGGGCUGGAGAGCGUCCUUCCAUCCGAAAACCUCAAGACAAUCUAAAAGUUGGUGGAGAGUUCCAGGGUAGAACAACCCAGAAAUCGCAGUACACAGUCGUAAAAGGUGAGAGAGCCGAAGUCAAGAAACAUGCUGACACGCUUUCUGUGGGAAGUGGCACAAUGGACUUGAAAACGACAAGUAAAGAUACUUUCCAAGGCCAGAGACGAGAAUCGGCGUCAUCUAGAGCUACAAUCAAUAAAAGACGGCAUAUGGAUUCUCAGAUUUCGCUCGGAGAUGAAAAUAUUAUUAUAACUACGACCAACAGAGCUAACUAUAAAACAGAAAAACGUGUAUCGGAUGUCGUUGAUGGUGGAAAGACCAUUCAGGACACUAAAAAGUCUACUACGACAGAAAAGAAGACGUUAGCCGACGGUACAGUUGUUACAGUUACGAGAGAAUGUACCGAAACUAUGAGAGGCCAAGAAGCAAAGACUUCACAGACGAAGGUAACACAGCAGGAGGCGAGCUCUAAGAGUACUCUACUAACAUCGUCAGUUGAUAAAGUACAGCAACAUUCGGCCCAACACGUGUCGGAUAACAGGAAAAUUUCGACAUCCGAAAGCGCAACGCACGUGUCAAAGCAAAAUGCUUCACAAAUUUCCAGAUCCGAGAGUGCGACACAUGUGUCAAAGGCAAAUGCUUCGCAGGUGUCAAGAUCUGAGAGUGCGACACACUUGUCGAAGGUAAACGCUUCUCAGGUGUCAAAAUCCGAAAGUGCGACACACAUAGAAAAGACUAGCUCUUCGCGCAUGACCCAGGAAUCAGUAUCGUCCACCAGUGAACGUACACUCCAGAGCCAACAGCAUUCGUCUGUGAGUGAGACCACACGCGGAGGUUCAAGAACUCACGCUAGCAGCAGUGAGUUCAUGGAGGCCAUCAGCGGCUCGUCACCCGCCGGGAAGUCACCCGGGGAUGCGGCCGUCGCCAAGACUGGCCAUCACCGCAAGAGCAUAAUCUCAUCCACGUCAGCAGACUUGAGCAACGCCGUGCUCCACCGGAAGAGCAUGACAACGUCGACGGAAGCCCUGCACACCAUCUCCACUGCAGCGUCCGCACAAAGAAAGAGCAUCAGCAACCUGCACGAAACAGGCCAGUUUAUCAGCAACUCGUCACAGAGCCAGGACAGGCGAAGCCUGAGUGCCCUGCACCGGCAGGGCCAGCAGACACGCGACAAUGUCUCUUCGGUAAUCAGUGUCGAUCACCAGCACCAGCAGCACGGAGCUGUGCGACGCUCCUCGACCUACAACCAACAGCAGCAGCAGCAGCAGCACCAGAACCAGCUGUCCCGCACAGAACGAAUCGUCCGACAAGAUAACUUAUCCGUGGGUGGAGGCAUGUUCCACGGGCAAAGCGAAGCCAGGGCCUAUGGAAACUUCAUCAGCAAUGGCAACAGCUCUACAGUGGUGCGAAACGAGCGUGUCACCAGGAGGUCCAAUACGUCGCACAUCAGCCUCGGCGACUCUUCAUCCACCAUAAUCGCCUCGUCAUACAAAAACGAAUACGUUCCAAGGAACACAGGUCCUUGCCCCGCGAGUUUGCUCGACACUAAAGACUCGCCGUUCAAGCACAAACGCGACACUCCAAAGCACAAGUUCUAUGCUCCAGUCGGUUCGAAUUAAUCUUUUUUACCCUUAUGUUCCUCCGAUACCGAGAGAUACUUGCGGUUCGGACAGCCUUUCGCACAAGACUGUACAAGCAAUGAUUGCUUUGUAAUUUUUGAAAUCAUAACCCUUAAUAAACCGUAGCAACGUUCUCUUAUUCUCCCUCCCCACAGACACAAACGUAUACAAGGAACACGACGGCAAUAAUCUCCAGUAUAGUGUUUCAACAGUAUGUCUUGGGCCUUUACUGCCACAUCCUCUUGUGCUAAAAUGGGUAUCGCGGUUCCUUAUUCUUCCAUUAUUAAUGCUAAUAACCUUCUGGUGGCUAAACUGUGAUAGUAUGUAACCGUCCCUCGUUACACAUUUGUUGAUUGCCUUGGAAAGACAAAUCUAACAUAGUUAUGUUGUAAGGAUUUUUAACAACAGAUGAAGAUAUAUUUUAUUAAAAAUUUAGUGAUUGGUAGAGCUUACUGGUUGUACUGUUUUUAUAAGAACAUUUUUAUUCCCAUGUUGCUGUCUUUAAAAUGUUUAUUUUAAACCUCAUGAUUAAUACUGAUUUUGCUUUGUGGUUACUUUCAAAUCACGGUUGAGAGUUUGCCUAUUUGCCUUUACUCGUUUGUAAACUUUAAAACAUGACCUUUUUUAAUCUGAUUUACAUGGAUAAUUUAUUUCAAUAAGUUUAUUACAGAAUUUUUCGGCUUUUGUUUAUGACUAAGGUGCAUUAAUCGCUGUAGCAUCAAACAAAAACAAAAUAAAAUUUUGUUGUACAAAUA